CCCGUCCUGAUCCGGCCUUUCCGCGGCCACACGGCGGCGGUGACGGGCGUCGCCUUCGAUGCGAACGCGGCGGAGAUGGCGACAACUUUUUGAGCAAACCACAAGGCUGGAGGAGGGGUUUGUCCCGCGGAGAGAGAGGAGGAGGAGGAGGAAGUAAGUGAGGGGAGCGCCGCGGCCGGAGGGGCAGGGGCUGCUCCGUGCCUCCGCUGCCGCCCCCCUCCCCCGCGGUCCCCCUGGAUCUACCGGGCCCACCGCGGAGGGCUGGCUGCAAACUCUGCCGGCGUCCCGAGCCCGAGUGCCUGCAGCCCCAUCCUCCCUGGGGGCGUGGGAGAGCCGGCAGGAGUUCACGGACUCCUCUCUGCCAGCGAGCUCCUUUUAACUAUCUAAGAUGAGGAUUCGCCUGGCGAGAAGAUGGACGUGGAUCCGCAAAAGCUGCAUGUUUCUCGGCUUCUUAAUGAUCGCUUACUUUGUGGUCGAGCUGUCGGUUUCUUCCUUCGGUGUCUCCCUCGCCGGCAAGAGCAUCACUAAAGGGAAAUGGGAGAGGCGCUUUUCUGACGGGGCAGAAAAAGCUGUCGAUUUGGCUCGUCCAGUUUAUGACAAGCCUCCACCUGAUCCUUAUGCUCUAGGAGAAUGGGGUAAACCUUCUCGUCCCCAGCUGAGUCCUGAGGAACAGAAACAGGAGGAAGAGCUGAUUGAGAAGUAUGCAAUAAAUAUUUAUUUAAGUGAUAAAAUUUCUCUCCACCGGCACAUUGAAGAUAAUCGACUGAGUGGUUGUAAAACUAAAUCUUACAACUACAGAAGACUGCCCACAACAUCUGUUAUAAUUGCUUUCUACAAUGAAGCCUGGUCAACACUGCUGCGGACGAUACAUAGUGUUCUUGAAACAUCACCUUCAGUGCUUCUGAAAGAAAUUAUACUGGUGGAUGACCUGAGUGAUAAAGUGUAUUUGAAGGCUGAACUCGAAAAAUACAUAAGCAGUCUGAAAAGAGUUCGCUUGAUAAGAACCAACAAGCGAGAAGGAUUGGUUCGUGCACGCUUGAUUGGCGCUACCUUUGCUACCGGUGAUGUUCUCACAUUCCUAGAUUGUCACUGUGAAUGUGUUUCUGGCUGGCUGGAACCACUGCUCGAGAGGAUUGCUGAGAAUGAGACUGUUAUUGUGUGUCCUGUCAUUGACACCAUUGACUGGAAGACAUUUGAAUACUACAUGCAGACGGCGGAGCCCAUGAUUGGGGGGUUUGACUGGCGGCUGACGUUCCAGUGGCACUCGGUGCCUAAACACGAACGUCUCAGGCGCAAGUCGGAUACCGACCCAAUCAGAUCCCCAACUAUGGCUGGUGGCUUGUUUGCUGUCAGCAAGAAGUAUUUUGAGUACCUGGGAACCUAUGAUACAGGAAUGGAUGUUUGGGGAGGGGAGAACUUAGAAUUAUCAUUUAGGGUUUGGCAGUGUGGAGGCAUGUUGGAAAUUCAUCCGUGCUCCCACGUGGGCCAUGUGUUUCCAAAGCGUGCGCCCUAUGCUAGACCAAAUUUCCUUCAGAACACAGCACGUGCUGCUGAGGUGUGGAUGGAUGAGUUCAAAGAUCACUUUUACAACAGAAAUCCUUCAGCAAGGAAAGAAAACUAUGGAGACAUUUCUGAAAGAAAGAUUCUUAGGGAGCGUUUGAAAUGCAAGAGUUUUCACUGGUAUUUAAAAAAUGUAUUUGCUGAGUUGCACGUACCAGAGGAUCGCCCUGGCUGGCACGGUGCUAUCCGCAGCAGAGGAAUACCUUCAGAGUGCCUUGACUAUGUCUUACAGGAACAUAAUCCUACCGGGUCUCACCUUUCUCUCUUUGGCUGUCAUGGUCAGGGAGGCAACCAAUUUUUUGAAUAUACAUCAAAUCAGGAGAUUAGAUUUAACUCUGUAACUGAGCUAUGCGCUGAAGUCCCUGAGCGCGAAGACUUCAUAGGUAUGAGGAGCUGCCCAAAAGAUGGAUCUCCUGUCCCAGAAAUUAUUAUCUGGCAUUUCAAGGAAGAUGGGACUAUUUAUCAUCCUCAUUCAGGGAAAUGCCUUACUGCUUAUCGUACGGCUGAGGGGCAUGCUGAUGUGCAAAUGAGAACUUGUAAUGCUGGAGAUAAAAAUCAGAUUUGGCAAUUUGAGAAAUAAUCACUGCUGGUAGUAUGAGUUGGAUGGACUGUGAUCUCCCAGCUUUUUCACAUGUGAGCAGAUAGCAAUGUUUGAUCAAAUACCUUGACACGUUUUCACAUCUGUCUGUAGUAGUGUAGAAACUGUCUACUAUGAUGAACUGUAUGGAAAGCAAAAGUAAAUAGUGGGGUUUGGUUUCUAAAACAUGGAUUAGAACAGCAAAUGCCUUUUAUUUUUGUAAAAUUUUGAUCUGUUAUAACUUUCCUCAGUUUUGAUUAUAAAACAAAGGCUUCUGAGCGGACUGAAGAGGGAUUUUUUAAAUCUUAAAACUAUGCAGUAAUCCUGCGAGAUAAUGUUCCAUGUAAACAAAAAAUUUUUACUUACAGAGGUAAAAGUUAAGGUUCUUGCAGUGGUAUUAGCUAUGUUGCAGAUACAUUAUAAAAUAUGUAUCUAACACACUCUAAGUAAUGCUACAGUAGCAUGUGAUUGAAUAGACAUUGAUGUGGAAAGUUGAAUCUAAGCUUUGUAAUGAUCUGCAUUUUUCUGGGAAUGUACACGCUGUUAAGGGUACUAUAUUGUACAGAAGAAUAGGA